UGGGAGGAUAAAGACUGUUUGUGGCUGCCGGAGCUACAGGCAGUAUGCAAAAGGUGUCUGAAAGUCUCAGAGAGAAAGAGACAUAGUCAUCAGGAGCCUGUUUGACCUUCCAUUACAAAGGUUACAUUGGCUUCUUUAUGUAGCUAAACUUCAAGAAGCCACUGUCCCUGCAAUCCAUUCUCUGGUUUGGGUUUCAGAGCAGAAUCGCAUGCAUGACACUCCGAAAAGGAGAGAAAAUGACCAUAAGCAUCCAGGAGCAUAUGGCUAUUGACGUGUGCCCAGGUCCUAUCAAACCAAUCAAACAAAUUUCCGACUAUUUCCCCCGUUUCCCCCGUGGUAUUCCCGCGGCAGUUAGCCGUAGUAACUCCUUGAAAUCGAAUGUGAGCCAGCCUUCUGUCAGUCCUUCUGAAAGUUCCAGAGAGGAAGAGGAGGAUGUGGACAAAUUAUUUGGAGCAUACGGAGCAGCUUCCACUGCCCCUUCUAAGCACGACGAGGAAGUGGACCUUGAUGGGUACGAUUCAGAUGAUUGCACCACCCUGGGGACCCUGGAUUUUAGCUUGCUGUAUGAUCAAGAAAACAAUGCUCUGCACUGCACAAUCAAUAGAGCGAAGGGCCUGAAACCAAUGGACCACAAUGGACUUGCAGACCCAUAUGUUAAAUUACAUUUACUACCAGGUGCUAGUAAGGCAAAUAAAUUAAGAACAAAAACUUUGCGGAACACGCUAAAUCCUACAUGGAAUGAAACGUUAACUUACUAUGGAAUCACAGAUGAAGAUAUGAUUCGAAAAACAUUGCGAAUUUCUGUAUGUGAUGAAGAUAAAUUCCGGCACAAUGAAUUCAUUGGAGAAACGAGAAUUCCGUUGAAAAAGCUGAAACCUAACCAAACCAAAAACUUUAGCAUUUGUCUAGAAAAACAGCUACCUAUAGAUAAAACAGAAGAUAAAUCUUUGGAAGAACGUGGACGAAUUCUUAUAUCCUUAAAGUACAGCUCACAAAAGUCAGGACUCCUUGUAGGAAUCAUUAGAUGCGCUCAUCUGGCAGCAAUGGAUGCAAAUGGGUACUCGGAUCCCUAUGUAAAAACAUACUUAAAACCAGAUGAAGACAAAAAAUCAAAACAUAAGACAGCUGUAAAAAAGAAGACCUUAAAUCCAGAGUUUAAUGAGGAAUUUUGCUAUGAAAUAAAACACAGCGAUCUCGCAAAAAAGACAUUAGAAGUCACCGUUUGGGAUUAUGAUAUUGGGAAAUCAAAUGAUUUUAUAGGUGGAGUGGUUUUGGGAAUCAAUGCUAAAGGAGAACGUCUUAAACACUGGUUCGAUUGCUUGAAAAACAAAGACAAGAAAAUUGAACGUUGGCACACUUUAACGAAUGAGUUGCCGGGCGCUGUCCUCAGUGACUGAUCUGAGUCUCACACUCCAAAUUGUGGUAGCACAGCUAUAAAGGAACAAGACACAUGCUAUGCCUUUGCCCUUGUCGCAGUUAACACUUUAUAGCAGAGAAAAAAGGAAGAGGGGUGUUAACCUCCCUCCCCCAUGGAUUGAUUUAAUUCAUUAGUUGCAGUAGUUCCAAUCAAGGUCUAGUGCGCAGUGUUCCACUUCAGUGAAUAUAAUCUUUAAAGUGAUGGUGGCCUAAUCAGCACUAUGAUGUUUAAAGUGUAAUGUCUCAAGCUUUCAUCCUUACUAAGGAAAAAACAACCAACUGUUCAUUUACCUGUCACAUGGUAAUGCACAG